AUGUCAGGCUCUGAAACCGACAGCGACAGGACAAUAAAAUCCGAGUCAUCUGACGAAAACACAUUCAAAUCUAAUUUAUCGGGAUCGUUGUCGUUUACGUCAGUUGAAUUAAAUAUGGUCGUGAACAUCAAAGCAACCCAUUUCAGCUCGGAGAAUCCGAAACUGUGGUUCGCGCAGGUUGAGGCGCAGUUUUUGACACAUCAGGUAGCAACGGAGCGUGCCAAAUUUGACUUGGUGAUCCCAUUGCUUGAUACUCGCGUCGCCACAGAAGUCGAGCAGUCCGAAGAAGCAUGGAUCACUCAGCUCCUUGACAAAGAGAGACUUGGCGAUCGGACACCAUCGCAACAUUUACGUCAUCUGCGUACGCUAGUUCCCAGCAUUGAUGACGCUAUAAUUAAAGCACCUAUCAAAGACUCAACGCUUGAUAAACUAGCCGAGUCUGCUGAUCGUAUGGUUGAUCGUUUAUCGCUCAAACCUCAAGUUGCCGCCGCCACGACAAAUUCAUCAUCACAACCGCCGAGCACAGCGAAAUUGCCGCACUGCGCAGAGAAAUUGCGCAACUCACGAAUCAAGUGA